AUGCCGGUUGACUUCAAUCUAAUUUCCAUACUCGGUGAAUUUCUUCUGUACUUAAUCGUCGACAACAUAACGAAAUAUCUCGUUUUGCACAAUCGAAAGGAGAAACGUUUCAAUAUAUUGAUUUAUGAAUGUAUGGUGCUAGGCUUUCUUGUUGGAUUCAUAUCGCUGUACUAUCAUACAGCUUAUGUAUUGAUCUUUUUCUUACUAAUUCACAUUAUCGGAGUACUCUAUUCUGAGAGAGGUUUCGGCCGAUUGAAAAAUGUCAUUUUGAUCUUCUUUGGUAUUAUUCAUACGGUAGUUAAAGGUGCAUUGAAUGGAAUAUACAAUAUCUUGUUUCGGCGAACUUCUGAGAAAAUAUCACGAACAAAACCAAUUCCAAAAGAAUAUUUGUACAACUUUCAUUUGAAACCAACCAAUGAUCUUCGAUUGCAACAAUCAUCGUUUGUUCAAACUCUACCAAGACCCGGUAUUUUCAAUCUUCAUGGUACAACUUGUUCGUUAAAUGCUCUACUGCAAAGUUUAGCAUCGUUAAAUAGUUUCUAUUCGCUACUACAACGAAAUAUCAACUUAUCACGUAACACUUAUGAUUCAGUCGUACCUGCAUUUCUCAAUCUAAUAUCCCAGUUACGCAAUGAUCAUCGUGCAGCAGACUACAAACAUUGGACUACUGUCGUUGAUACAUCAGAUUUGAUUUCUAAAUUUCAUUUGACUUAUCCCAAUUUACUUACACAAGACACAACGACUGAUGUAUGUGAAUUAUUUCAAUGUAUGAUUGAUGUACUCAACAAUGCACUCGCAAAACAAUCAUCUGGUUAUUCGACAAGUGUUAUCGAACAAGUUCAAAAUCCAAAAUUGGCUACGUUUUCACCUGAUUAUUUAAAUAAAUUAUUUGUGGAAACGGAAAUUCAGCUUCAUGAGACGAUCACGUUGGAUAAUCUUGAUGCGCAAACAUCAUGUAUACUUCAAUAUGUGGAUCUAACCUGGCUAUUGCAUCAUGUUCAGCUCGGUUCGUUGGUUAAACAUACUUUUUCAGGACAAAUCCUUCAUGCACAUUGUUGUGACAACUGUUCACAUGUUCGUUUCCGUGCUGAACCGUUUCAAAUCUUACCACUGGCAAUUCCGAAAACAAAAACCACCGUAGAACGAAUUAUAUCUCAAUUAACAAAGAUCGAACUAAUGGAUUCGAUGUCAUGCCCUCAUUGUUCUACUCAAGCUAAUGCGGAUACAAACAAAAGAAACAAACAGGAUGUACUGUUAAGUCAUAUAACAACUACUCUGUCACCCAUUGUCACGUCACGUCGACAAUAUUCUGAUAAAAUCUACUCAUCAACACCAAUUUCAACUUCGACAAAUCAUAUCAUUCCGUUGGCACGCAAUCAGAUACAACAUCGCAUCAAAAGUCAAACCAUGAUCGCUAACUUUCCUGAAGUUUUCUGCGUCCAACUAAAACGUUUCUCCUACGACCGUCUUUCAAAUACAGCAAUGAAACUGACUACCACGGUUUCCAUUGAACCCGAGCAAGUCCUCGAUCUUUCCCAUCUUCAUUAUACAACAUGGCUUGGUUUAUCAACUCACACGAAAUCGUAUCAUUAUCGUUUGGUUGCAGUGUGUUUACACUUAUCAGAUAAUCCGUCAUCUUCAUCCACAAAUUUCACUCAAAUCCUUCAAGGACAUUGUGUUUGUUUGUAUCGCACCGAUCACAAUCGAUGGUUUCUGUGUGAUGAUGAACGUAUAACUGAAAUCAAUCAGAUCGAUCAUUUGUUUCAAACCUCCUACGUCACCGAAAAUUGCUAUCUUUUAUUUUAUGAAAAAUGUUCAUAA